AUGGGUGGCAUUCCAUUUGAAAGAGCUUUAAACGGUGGUUCUUGCAGGGAUUCCAUGAAUAAUGCAGCAUUGUUAUUCAACAAGAAAUUGAAGAGCCUGAUCAUGGAGUUGAAUUCAAAUCUUGUUCAAUCGAAGUUUGUAUAUGCAGAUGUCUACAACAUGUUUUCUCAUUUUCUCGUUAACUAUCAAUCUCAUGGUGCGUAUGUUACAUAUUUAGUACAUCAAUUUUCGAGGUCAAUUUAUAGGGAUAUGCCUGAUAUCUCUAUGUUCAUAGGUUUUGAGAACUAUACAACUUCAUGCUGCAAAACACUUCCAGGCCAGUUCCGAGGUUUGUUACCAUGCAAUCCAAUAUCAGAAGUAUGUAGUAACCGAUCCAAGUAUGUUUUUUGGGAUGAGGCUCAUCCAACUGAUGCUGUUAAUGUCAUUUUCGCAAAGAAGUUGCUCGACGGCGAUUCUAAAGAUAUGUAUCCAAUGAAUCUUCACCAACUCUACUACGAAAAUGUUGCUCGACGGCGAUUCUAA